AUGGACCGCCCAUAUACGCCUUGUUUCUCACCGGAACUGCCCUAUUGUGAGCCCUCAACAAGUCGCAUUCCAACUUCGCCUCAUCAAGAACCGAUUGUCGACAACUCAAGCAGUGAUGAAUCCAAAGAUGGGGUGAAAUUCCACGAAAAAGAGACGGUUUUCCAAAAUGAGCCGUGGAUAAAUACGGGUACUCAGGCGAUAAAAGUUUACCGGCCUACGUAUGAGGAGAUGGCCGAUUUUGAAGCAUACAUCAGGAAGAUUGAGAUGGAUGGAGCUCAUAAAGCUAGUGGUGUCUGUAAAGUAUGUAGUUUUCUAUUUGUUUUUGACGUCUAGACGAAGCAUGGCUACAAACCGAACCAGCUUCCAAAAAAACCAGGGCCAGGGUAGAACGAUAUCAACCAUGACUAUUUUAGGUCAUUCCACCGCAGCGAUGGCUUGAUGAGAAUCGGCCCAAAAUGCUUUACGAGAAAGUGCGAAAAAUCCGAUUGAAAAGGUAAGCUCAAGGAAUUUUUUGCCUCAUUUUCAUCCUUAGGGCGCUAAAAGUGAACAUUCUGAAAGUCGCAGGCGCCGGAAAAGUGUACCGUCAAGAGAAUAAUGAUAUCGACUUCACGGAUGAGGCUUUCACUGUGGAAGAUUUUGCAGAAUCGGCGAAUAAAUCGAUGAAAAUCCCGGAAAAUCGAGAUAUCAAACUGAAGGAAAUGUAAGUAUUCUCAAGCUGAACCCAACGGACCGGCACAUAAAAUUUAUUCGUUACAGAAGGUUGUGCUAUACAAUUGACAAUAGAAAGCGCAAAGUUUUACGGCUAUUUCAUUCGGAAAUUAUGUUCAAAUCUGACUUUUUUCAGAGAAUUUUGGGAAACUUUGGAUGACAAAAAAGAAUAUGGACUUUAUGGCGCAGAUGUGGAAGAUACUUUAUUUUCCGAUGAAAUCGCAGAUUGGAAUAUCAACAAAAUUGACAGAUUGUUGUCGGAAUUCACGAAGGAUGUAAGUUACCGGGGUUUCUGAUCAUACUCAACACCAUAAAGAAACGUCGCAAGAGAUCACAAUUCUUUAGAUUGAAAUUGCUGGUGUCACCUCUCCUUAUCUUUACUUCGGAGCUCCGGACACAACUUUCUCAUGGCAUGUGGAAGAUGUGGACCUGUAUUCGAUCAAUUAUCACCAUUUUGGCGAACCCAAGUUUUGGUACGCUAUUCCAAGCGGAGAAUCCAGCCGAUUCGAACGGCUCUGUUAUCAACUGUAUAGAGAAGAGUUGGGCGGUAUUUGCAAGACAUUCAUCCGCCAUAAAAUCUGCAUUAUAAAUCCACAAGUUCUCAAAGAUCACAACAUCCCGUACGGCUGCAUUCCACAGUAUCCUGGAGAAUUUAUCAUCACUUUCCCUCGAGGAUAUCAUAUGGGAUUCAAUUUAGGGUUCAACUGCAACGAAGCGAUCAAUUUUGCAACGGAAAGGUGGUUUCCGUAUGGUGAGUUGUCAGGUUAACCUUUCUACAAAAAAUCAAUUUCUGGCCUACUCACAUUAUCAGUACUUUUUUCUUUACAUAAACUGUAUUUUGUUUGAAAAAGAUGACUUUCAAAAAAAGGCGUAAAACUACGUAAAAAUACAUUCUUCAGGUCUGACCGCCAAAAUGUGCGAUUGUAAUCCAAAUGUUGCGGUUCGUCUCCAAAUCGACUCUUUUUACUCGGCCUAUAUGCGAUCUCACAAGAAACCUUUUGGCUACAAAUCACCGUUGGAGAGUAUGGCAACUGCAGGUAACAACAAUUCGUUCUUUAAUGAUGUGGAGAAUCGCUACAAAUACCUGGAAAAAUUGGAGUCUGUGGACAUGUUUCGCCGCAAGUUUGAUGAAGAAGUCCGGUUUAACGAAAGAAACGGAAUGAUUUAUCCCUAUUGCGCUGUUUGCCAGUAUUUCACACCACCAAAUAAGGCCAUUGCGAAGCAGAUACCGGCAACGUAAGACAUUUGUUUCUUCAAGUAGUAUGAGGCUAACAGUACGUUUAUUUGCAGAUCGCUCGAUCUGUGCACCAGACUUGUUCAGCGAAAGUUUUACGGUGAUGAGCACAAAAUAGUUCAAGAUGCCCUCAGGCAAUGCUCCAUAUGCAAGCUAAAGGUGCAUAUUCGAUGCUCUUCCAACGGCGGAACCGAAAACUUUUGGCUCUGCGAUCCCUGCAGGAUUUACACGGAUAUAAGAAACAGAAAAGCGGAUCCAAAUCGAGCUUAUGUUUGCUGCGAAUGGUGUUUCACGAGAGGAGGCGCGUUGGUGCAAUUACUUUUGUUUGAUGAGGGCACUGUCAUUGGAGCGACGGUAAGGUUUGACUUUGUUACGAUUUUGGAUAGUUUUUGACAAUACAUUGAUACCUCACAGCCUAAUGUCUAAAAAGAAUAACUUUGUUGGUUGCUGGAAUCGAUUUUUGGUGAAAAUGAAUCUCUGUAAAGUAAAGCCUUUCCACAACAAAUUGCUGUUUAAAUCCCUUUGUUUUCGUUGUGCAGGGGUUCGAUUUUGAAUUUUCUAACACAUUUUUAACAAUUUCAGCAACAUGAGAAACGCUUUGUCCACAUCGUGUGCGCUGCGGCAAACCGAUUUGCCUGGCUUGCCAGGACCUCCAGUGAUGCCAUAAUGGCCUGUGCCUACAUUUCUCCGCGGGAACAUCCCACUGGAAGGGAAUUUAAAUUGCUUAGCGAAAAGAUCUUAACACCUACCAGGUACGCCAACCAUAACGAAUACGUCAACCACUCGCCUUUCUACUUCCACGGAAAUGCCGCAGAAAAUCAUUGUGCAUUAUGUAAAGAAGCGCUGACUGAUGGAAUUGUGGUCAAGUGCAAUGUAUGCGCAAUGGAGAAUUGUAACGAAAGUGUUCGGAAGAUGAAUGUAAAACCCGUAGGGAGUGAUAAACAGACAUUAGAUGGCACUGCAAGCCCUCAGGAUGAGGCUAUAAGCGGAUUAAACAACAAUGUACCGGUUUUUCACCCGACUUGCGCCAAACUUUGUGAUUUCCAACUGAUUUUACGCGAUUUUCCUGACGUUUUGGUCGCAAUUUGCCCGAGGCAUAACUCCGAAAACACCGACAGGUCCAGCCUGAGCUGCCUCAGGGACGGGCAAGUUGUCUAUGACAAGCAGGAGGAUGGAAAUUUCAUAAAAAUGGAAGUGGUGUUCAAAGCGCCCAGAGAAAAUUUAUUGGUGAAAAAUUUGAAAAAUGAGGAAAAACGGAUCUCGGUGAAUGAUGUACAGCAGUGCCAGUGCAGUGAACAAGCCUGUGAAGGGAUUCAUAAGCUGUGGAAUAUGGUAAGAAAAGUCUUGUUGCGGUUCCAUGGGAUUUGUUGAAAAAAACGAUUGAAAAAAGUAAUUAGUUUGAUAUUAAAAGUAACAAAACUCGAUUUCAGCUCAAAAUUCCAAAAUCCCCAACCUCCGAAGAGACUGAAUGGGUAUAUCUGGUGCGCAAACUGCAUCCAUUUACAUACACCUGCACAACGAACGGAAAAACAAUCGAAAACAUCGAACGAGAGACUUUGUAUACGACCGCGGAAAUGGGCGCGUUACAACGACAAGAGGCGGGUGAGGUGGAUGACAUACCCACUGAUUCGGAUGACUCCGAUGCCGGCAUGCAUUCGGAAUCGUCGGACGGAGAAUUUGAAGAAGAGCCGAAGAAAAAACGGCCGAAAACACAAAGAUCCCAAAAAAAGACCAAUCUCGGAAAUUCGACCGGUAACUAUUGUGCCAGUGGGAAAAUCAACUACUGUGUAUCACAGGAUAGUACUCCUUACAACUCAGCGGUAAAAAAUAAUUAUAACUUCGCCCUAAAAAGGAGUAAUUACAACAGUGGGUUGAAAGUCAGCAAUUUCAACGACAAAAUUGAAUCGAUGCCAAAGUUGAAACCAAUGGCUCCGGCAAUCGCGGCUGACAUCCAAAAAAAGCUGGAUGAUUUGCUUAAAAUUGUGAAGGAACGGCAUAUCCCGCAGGAAAGGAUCUGGGAUUAUAUUUCGAAAAACCCCGGCCUCCUCGGAAAAAUGGCUAGGAUGUUCGACGAGAGGAGAGAGACCAGUAUAAAUGAAACGUAAGAUUUUCUCAAGUAUUUUUGAUUCAAUAGGACUUCUGCAGAGUAAGCGGUAGCCGAUUACACUCUUGUUUUCCAGACCUCCAAAAAUCGACGAACAUCCAGUGGAAAAGAAGAAAAGAGGAAGACCAAGAAAGCAGCCAGCCGAAGAAAGUGUAAAAGAAACGCGGAAAAUAAAUGUCGAGGUAAGUGCUGUUGCAACCUCGAAUUGAACGAUUACAGCGACUCUGCGAAAAAACUAGAACAAUAACAAACCUAAGUUCAAUGAAUUUUUUCAGCAAAUUCUCCAAACCUACCAAAGUUUCCAAAUUGAAAUCGAACCGAUCCAGCCAGCCCUAGUCCAGCGAAUGCUCCAGUUAGGUCAUAUCAAAAAGAAGUUGACUUAAACGAUACUCAUAUCAACUUUAUUCCGAAAUUAGUCUUUCCUUUUCUAAAAUAAUAAUAAUGAUAAUAAUACCUCACUAUUUUCCACUUUUGACACUGUUGUAAGUAAUUUUUUUGCUGCUCAGGGAUUUUACUUCAGGGAUUUUUCUGGUAAAUUUUUUACAUUUUGAGCGUAAAAAGGUGAAUAAAUUAAAAUUUAAUUUCAUAAUUUUCUUAAAAUUUUUGGCCAAUACAGGGUGGGCCACUCGAAACUGACAAGUUGUUUCUUUGAAUUUCUCCGCGGAGACUCCGCCGAUUUUUCUAAAAUUUAGAUUUUUCUGGAGCUGAGACCCGCCAUUUUCAACCGACUGAAUUUCAAAAAAACAUAUUUUAAAUUGACCUUUCCAUGCCUUCUCAAAGUUUUGAAAAAUUAUUUUCAGGCCGAAACCGCUAAAACUUAGAAAAUUUUUGGAAUGAUUUUGAAAACUUGAUAAUUUUUCCGAGUUCUUGGGUAAAAUUUUCUCUGUUUUACCUCAGAUAGUUAUCAAAUAUUGUUCCGAAAACAAAUCUAAGCUUCAAGAUGCCCCAGGCCUGACUCGAUAACCAUUGACGUCGAAUUUUUCAAUCUUUUUGAAAUCUUUUUUUUUUUUUGAAUGUUCGUGCCCUAAUGGUAUAAUAAUACAAACAACCCUCUUGUGGCUUUCAACUUGCUUUAAACAAGUUUAAGGCGAGUACUAGCAACUUUUUACUCCGCGAUUUCCCCCAAAAAAACCAAAAAUUUUUCAAGUCCGAGAAUGUCAAUUGAAAAUCAUUCCAAAAAUUUUCAAAGUUUUAGCGGUUUCGGCCUGAAAAUAAUUUUUCAAAACUUUGAGAAGGCAUGGAAAGGUCAAUUUAAAAUAUGUUUUUUUUGAAAUUCAGUCGGUUGAAAAUGGCGGGUCUCAGCUCCAGAAAAAUCUCAAUUUUAGAAAAAUCGGCGGAGUCUCCGCGGAGAAAUUCAAAGAAACAACUUGUCAGCUUCGAGUGGCCCACCCUGUACUAUACUUCGCCGGGGAAAAAAUGAGCAAAUUCGUUGACGUACGGAAAGUAGGAUCGCAAAAAAUGAGUUGUGUCGCGAGAAAACAAAUUUCUUUUCACUUGCGACGCAAUCGACGCAUUGUGCUCAUUAUUUUCCCGACAGACCGAUCACAUUCCCAUAGUUUAGAGUUGGUCUACUGGGAAUACCAGGACAAAAUUUGGGAUUAAUUCGAGAGCCGUCUUUAAGCCAUGGCAGUUUUAAAUUUGUCUCCAAUAAAGUCUCAAGACCAUAAUUUUUUCGUGUAUUUGGUCGUUUCAUAUCUUCAUAGCCAUACGAAGCAGUCAAAAAACAAUUUCAAAGCGUUGAUAUGUCCAGUUAUGACGGCAAUUCGGUUUGAUUUAUUGAUUUUCCAUCCACUCCGAAGUGUGCGUUGAUUUGAACGGCUCUUCAAUCAAAAUCCUAUCAAUAAAGCGAAAGUUGAGUUCAUAUUUGAUUGAUUGGCCCUUUCUCUUGGCCGGAGAUGCGAAGAAUUUCAAAGUUGAGCUAUUCUUUCUUUUAUUUUUUAAAGAAUUUAUAAAAUUAUUCAAAAUUUGUGCCAUCUAAACCUCGCACUUGGAGCACUUCCUGAAAUUUCAACGGCCAAGUGAUUCUGCGACCUCAAACUUUUUUAGGUUGUAAAUCGAAUAUGCAAAACGACAUGGGGCUGUAAAUCACUUCUGGUGGAAGACGAGGCAUUGUAAUAUUCAUUCAACGGGCAAUCAACUUUUAAAGUGUGUAAAGAACAAGUCUAUUUUGUUUUACACAGUAAUUUGAGCUGGUCUGUCGGGAAAAUAAUGAAUGUCGCUGUCACGUCGCUGAAGUGAAAAGAAAUUUGGUUUUGCCGCGACACAAUUCAUUUUCUCUUCGCUGCUACAGAGUGCUCAUUAUUUUCCCGACAGACUGAUCCUGUAAAAAUUACUUCAACUCCUCGAUCUUACAACGACAUUUUUUCAUUUCUCCGGACAAAGACCUCUUCGAUUCCGCGCAGUGUAAUAAUACAGUCCUCGCUGCAGCACCGGCAUUUCAAAUGAUCCAAUAAAUCUCUCGACGUUGCCCGUUAAUCCGCCCGCACUCUCGGUUACAAAUUGCCGAGAGAUUGGCCAUUCGAUCGGCUCGGGUUCCCUUUGUCUUGGCGAAGAAAAAGAAGUACGAAGUGAGAAGUGACGAAACGGUUCAAAGCCCUUCUCCCGACAACUUUAUGGAGGUGAUGAGCAAAAGAAAUCCCCGGAAUGAAGGAUUUUUAGAAGCGAGGGUCCCUAAAAAUGUUGCCGAAAAAUGUUUUUCGGAGGGUGGCGCAAGAGGGGGCAUUGUAAAAAAAGUUUUUGGAAUGGCUGAAAAUCGUUGGAAAAAGUGAUUUUUUGGGGGGAAAUUUAGCUUUAAAGUUAAUUUUUUAAAAAAUCAAAUUUUGUUAUACUAGUUCGUUCGCAAAGUCGCUGGGACGAUUUUUAGUGGUUGCACUGUGAAGAGAAAGUUCGAAUUUGAAAUAAAAUUUCAGAUUGAAGUUUGUAAUAAAAAAGCCCUGUGCAACUUGUAAAUAAACAAAAAUUAUAAUAAUUAGGCUGCUUUAACUUUUACGUAUUUUACAAAUCUGUUGCUAUUUUUCGACCAUUCCUAGCGGGUCAGUUAGUGUUGCCACAAACUGUGGAACAUCCCCAUAGACGGUAAAGGAUACGGCAAAGUUUGGAUCAAUGAUCAAAUUUAGUGCAUUUUAGUUACAGGAGGGUUCCGGAGGUGGCUAGAGUGAUUUGUGACGUUUUCCCUGUGCAGAAAAAGCCAGGAUGUAAGCGAUACCCGAAAAAAACUUAUUGAAAAAUCAUAUCAGUCUGUCGAGAAAAUAACGGCAGUUCGUCGCAGUAUAAUGUCACCGCAGCCGCCGUCGCAUAGCGAUGAUGGGCGACCCUAAGGCGCCACGACCCACCGUUAUUUUCCCGACAUACUGAUAGAACAACAAAUUGCACAAAGCAAAGAAAACUUUUGUUUUCUCGCAGUGCACGUCGCAAACAUCACUUCACCGGCCUUGCGAACGGAGUAGUACCUGUACACAGAGAGUUUUAGGAUUUUUGUAUUUCUCAUCUGUUUUUUGUGCAUUGUUUUUUAUAGUGUAUGUAAUGUACAUAUUUGAUUUUUCAAAUGUUUUGUCGAUUUUUUCCAUCGUUUCGACUGCAAUAUGAUCUAUUUAGAAAGAAAGCAGGGCUAACUGCGUAUAGGAAUGAACCCAAAAUUACUUGCAAGUGACGAAAAGCGUUGUAAAAAUUUUUAAAAAUAGUUUUCAAAGUCAAAAAAAAGCAAAUUGAAGGCUUUCUGAUACAGUAACCGCCCUAAUCAAGUCAAAAGAGCUUCAAAAAAAGAACAAGCAAGAAUUGUGCCCAAAAACAUCCAGGAAGAAGGAAACUGAACCAAAAAGUACUUUAAAAAUCCUGUUUGCCUACCGUAAAGUCAUCAUCAUCUCCACAAAAUUUUCUUUUCAAUUUUCCGUGUUUUCAGGUAAAAGGAAGCCUUAUCGCUGCAGUAACCCCCGAAAACCAUUGAAAAAUGUGUAAAAACAGUUAUCAAGCUGUCGAGAAAAUAAUGAGGGCUUUGCCAAUCGCGUCGCUGAAGUGAAAAGCAACUUGAUUUUACCGCAACACAAUUCAUUUUCUUGUCGGUGAUGCAAUUUUCGAUCCGACAGAAUCUUCAUUAUUUUCCCGACAGGCUGAUAGUGUACUUAAUCACAGAAACGUGACAAAACGAUCAGCUUCUCAAAUCGCCCAAAAUAAUUUUUGGCCAAAAAGAAAAAAGAAAAAAAAGAAAAAAUGACUCGGACCUACAGUAAUCAUCCUAUCUCCUCAAGAAAUCUCAAAAAAUCCUUUCCCCCCCCAUUUCCACCUCAUCUUUUAGGUCCUUGGCCCAUCCAUUGUCCUCGAAAAAUGCACCUAUUCCCCACUAAAAUCCCGACUCAUCGCGGCCUCUUAUCACUCUAAUGAUGCGGGCUUUACAGCCCUCUUCGCAAAGCGUUAUAUAACUCAUCAAAGCGGCGGCGGGGAGGAAAUGGAUCCUCGGGAUUACAACACAAACCGAUCCAAGGCGAGGUGCCAACUGUUGAAGCGGUGUUUAUUCGAAGGGCCGGCACGGCCCCAUUGGCCACCGCCGCGGAGGAGGGGCUUAGAGGCCGGGCGGGUGUGGAAGUGUGCGGCGGCCCGCAUCGGCGCCCCGGACGGAGAGGAGAAGCCGUCGUCUUCCGCCGACAACUGUCCAAUCUUGAGCGCCGAGAGUGCCAACGCCCGCCGGACUUUUAUACGCGUUACCUUCGGCUACAACUGUUCCAGCAAUUGUUCUGCAACUGUCGCCCACUACAACGACAUCUGUUCUGGGUCAUAAGGUCGGUUUAA